CUCUUAAUUUGUCUUCACCUUCAUAACACGCAGUUAAUGCCUUCCUCCAAAGUUAAAACCGUUUCUCUAGAAACUCUCCAAAUUCCAAUUCCCUUAUUUUCUCAUCCAUGCCAUCACCCUUACAAAAAUCAUGUGAUCUUCAAAAGGGUACCCCAAAAAAAAGACAACCUUGAAAACAUCCUCAAACUUUGUUAAUACUAAAAAUAUACACAUCAUCUUACAUAGGACAUAUACAUAUAGUUAUAUAGAUAGAUACAUAUUAGUGUUGGUGAAGAAUACAAAGAAGCUUAUUUAGUCAAAUACAACAUUUAUAUUACUAUAUAUUAUUUUUUAAUAUAUAGUUUUUUUCAUUUAUAAGAAGCCAAAGAUACAAUUUUUGUGACACCCCAAUAAAGCUAUUGAUAAAAUGAAGAAUCUUGCGGCGGCCGGCGCCGCCGACAACAUCGGCGGUGAAGGGAACAAGACAUGGAAUUCAAUUGGGUCAAGCAGCCAUGUUUUUGUGAGGAGGGUGAUGCAAAUAAUUAUGUUUCUUGUUGGGUUUGCUAUGUUGUGGAUGUUUCUUUAUAACAACUUUGCUUCUUCUCCUUUUGGUUUUCAUGCUAUCUCACAUUACUUCAAUGGUAUGUCAACACAAGAAUAUUAUGAUCCAAACCUAAGAAGUGUUCUUAAAAAAGCAUCAAUGAAUCAAAAAACAGUGAUAAUAACAACAUUAAAUGAUGCAUGGGCAGAGCCAGGUUCAAUAUUUGAUCUAUUUCUUGAGAGUUUUCAAAUUGGAGGGAACCAAACACAAAAGCUAUUGAAUCAUCUUGUGGUAGUAACAUGGGACCAAAAAGCACAUACUCGUUGCCUUGCUUUGCACAAAUAUUGCUAUCAUCUUCAAAUAAAAGGUGACAAUUUCACCAAUGAAGCUUUUUUCAUGACUCCAACAUACCUACACAUGAUGUGGAGAAGAAUUGAAUUUCUUGGGACUGUCCUUAAUUUGGGCUACAACUUUGUUUUCACGGACACAGAUAUAAUGUGGCUAAGAGAUCCAUUCAAACAAUUUUACAAAGAUGCUGAUUUCCAAAUAGCUUGUGAUUAUUUCAAUGGAAAUUCCUAUGACUUACACAACCUUCCAAAUGGAGGGUUUAAUUAUGUAAAAUCAAAUGCAAGAACAAAUUGGUUUUACAAAUUUUGGUUGAACUCAAGAGUAAAAUAUCCAACUUUGCAUGAUCAAGAUGUUCUCAACAAAAUCAAAAUGCAUCCCUUAAUUACAACUAAGAAGCUCAAGAUUAGGUUCCUUAGCACUGCCUAUUUUGGAGGGUUUUGUGAAUCUACCAAAGAUUUUAAUAAGGCUUCAACAAUGCAUGCUAAUUGUUGUGUUGGUUUGGAGAAUAAAGUUAAUGAUCUUAAGAUUUUGAUUGAAGAUUGGAAGAAGUAUAUGGCAUUGUCUAAAAAUGAGAGGAAAAAUUCACACCCUUCUUGGAGUGUGCCAAAAAGUUGCAGGGGUUCCUUUGAACGUACUCGAAAAAGAAGAGAAAAGCAAAACAAAGGGAGGUUGUAAAGUUUUAUUGUCUCAAAUAUUUGAUGCUUGUAUCAAAAAAGGUUAGCGAAUGAUUCACUUAGGACCCACAGCACAAUAUUAAAUUGAAAAAAAAAAUGUAUGGAAGUGGUAAACAAUUUGAAAAUGAAGGGCAAGGAAAAAAGUUUGUUCAAACUUCUCAGAAUUAUGAUAUACAAAGUUGCAAUUGUGAAUUUAAGUGUUUUAUUACUCUAAGUUUGAAUUUUUAACCCUUUUAUUAAAAUUAUUUUAUUGUCAUUUUCUCAUGUUUA